UGAUCAAUAUGAGCGGAAGCAAGCAAUCCAUGAACUCCAUUUUGAAGAGUAUGAGCCAACAGAAGUUCACCGGGACCACUAGAAGUGGAAGACCAACGCGUGCCAGCUCGCGUUACGCGGACGAUGACACGGGUGGAGUUGGAGGUGGAGGUGUAGGUGGAGGUGGAGGACGUGGUGGAGGUGGAGGACGAGGUGGAGGUGGAGGACGAGCUGGAGGACGAGGCGGAGGCGGAGGUGGAGGACGAGGACGAGGUGGAGGUGGAGGACGAGGACGAGGUGGAGGUGGACCUUUCCUUGGUGACAUACCCUCUGCUUCUGGCGACGUGGCUUCCCAGUCCGCUCACACACAGUCCACUGAGGGGGAGAUGGAGGUGGAGAUGGAGGUGGAGAUGGAGGUGGAGGGGCAGGACGAGGAGGCGGAGAGGGAGAUGGCGCCGAAGAAGUUGCGCAUUCGUGGUGAAGCGCAAGUCCCUGAUGAGAGGAGGGAGCCUACUAGCCAGGAUGCGAAAGCCCUCAUCAUCCCGAACGAAAAAGACAAUUGGACAUAUGACAAGGGGGUUCGCCAGCCGUCGAGCAUGAUUGGAGCUCUUAUUAGGCAGUACUGGCCGGGCUUUUACACUCCGGUCCCCGGCGGCGAGAAGAAGCUAGCCGAGACUUGGGCGGACUAUGAGGCAGCUCCUUGCCCGGGCUUUGGGACAGCUUCUGACGCGGUUUGA